AUGGCGUUCGCACCUUCAGCCCUGGCAACACCUUCGCGGUGCACAGCCGACUUUUCUCUUAUCCCAGUAAAGAAGCCCCGAACAAGCAAAAACAAACAUCUCGAGUUACUGAGCAAAGCAUUUUCAUUACAGAUUGGCUCACAGAAUGCAUCGUUCUCUCAGCAGAUCGCAGAUAUCCAGCGUCUCAUGCAGCAGUCAGGCCUCAAAUACGUGAUGCAUGCCACGGGCACAACACUAGAAGGGACAUGGAGCGAAGUUACCGAAUUGAUUGGAUUCGCACACACUCUUAUCCACCAGCAGGGAAUAGCCAGAGUCCAGACGGACAUUCGCAUUCAAACUAGAACCGACAAGGUCCAGCCAAUGGAGGGAUAUGUUGCCUCGGUGGAAGCCAUUUUGUCUGCGCCUGCCCCUUGA